AUGUCUCAUACUCUCGUUUUUCUCACCGUAAUCGUGCUCGUGCUUGGAAUUAACUUGGAUGUAGUCGCAGCUGGCACCUGUGGAUGUCCCUGGAAUUCGGCACGUUGUGAAGCGAAUUGCAUUGGCAAGAACAUUGGUGCAGUCACUGGCUCAUGUCGUGGUUUUGCUUAUGCACACUGCAAAUGUAAAGUGAACGGCAGUUGGAAAUCAAUUGCUGGUGUCCAGUUUUCUGCUUGUACUCUCAUUUGUUUUCUUGUUGCUAUUUGCACGGAAACUGCGCUUGCAAUAUGUACUUCGAUUAUUUCUCUUCUGCACCAGUUCGUUGGUGAGAUGGCAAAUACACCAAACAUGAUUUUUGAAUUUUUACCAAAUGAAUUACUACUGAAUCUGUUUAAAUACGUUCCAGAUGUCGAUAUUUUACGUAUUUUCCUUCAUCAAAACAGACGAUUUACUGACCUGGUAUUUCUCUAUUUUCAAACUCAUACUUUUGAUCUGACAGUACUGUCGAAACAAGAAUUUGAAAUCGUAUUUGAACAACAUUUUCCAUGGUUACGUAAGAAUAUUACUUCGUUUUAUCUUUGGGAUUAUAUUCAACAAAUGGGUCAUGCUCUAUCUAAUUAUUUUCUUCACAACCAAUGGAUUCGUUUAAAGUCGUUCACAUUACAGCAUCUUCAUAUGCGUCACAUAUCUGAUCAAUUAUUUAGUGGUUUAUCUUCUUUAACUGAUUUAAAUCUAAUUGAUUGCUUUCUCGAAUAUGAGGAAGCGGUCACAAAAAUCAUCGAUUCAAUCUGGAGUCUGUCGAAACCUACGCACUGUCGAUGA